AUGGCAACGCUGCUACGAGAUCCGAGAGUGAUAGAGUAUGACGUUCUCGCUAUUCAGGAACCGUGGAAGAAUCCCUUCAUGUCAACAACACACCAUCUCGUCAAGGACAUCUUCCACCUCUGCUAUCCAGAAAUCAACAAAGAGGAUGGCCCG